AUGGAUUCCUAAGAUAAAGAAAUAAGAGAGAGAUUUCUUUCCAUAAACGAUGAUAACCAAUCUUACAAUUUGAGUGAAACAAAUUAAAGAAAAAAACAUAAUAAUAUAAAUUCUUCUGAUAGAUCUAAAACUUAAACUUUUCAAGAAGACGAGCAGGAUGAUUUGGUGAAGUACAUCAAAAAAUUGAAAUAAGGUUUCAGAUCUUAAAAAUAAGAAAGAGAUUGUUCAAGAGAAAAUAAUAAAGAUUUUAUAAAUCUAGGAUAAAAUUCUAAUAAAUAAAUUGAAAAUAAUGAAGAUUAAGAUGAUUAAUAAAAUUUUGAUGGAGAUUAGUACAACGCUGAUCAAAUGACGAAUACUUAAUCGUAUUCAGAUGAUAGCGAGUAUUUUAAAUAAGACAGCUCAAACUUUGACUAGAUAAUGAAUCUAGAAGGAGAUAUCAAUUUAGAUGAAUUUUAAGGCAAGUUUGGCAAUUACGCUUCUUGGAGUUGGUCUCAAUUCUUUGAAUUCUUCAUUUAUCAUAUAAUUUACUACAUAUUUGGGCCUUUUUGCAUUAUUAUUUUUUAUCCUUUUAAUAAGACUUAUAUUUAUAAGAAUCUUGGCUUUAACUUAGGAGGUGAUUUUAGUUUCAUCUAGUUUGUACUUUGGAUUACAAACUUGUUUAUUACAAUAGCUUAUAUAUUUAUUCCUAAAACAUAGACUUUUGUAGAAGUAUUCGAAGUCUAUAACAUGUGGAUUAUGGUUAUUUUUCGUAUAUUUUCUAUAUCUUGCAAAUAUGCGAUGCUGCAUCCCAUGACAAUAACCCUUUAUAAAAAGAAAUUAUUAACCAAAGAAGAAAAAUUAAAAGAUUUUUACUUAGCUGAUUGGAAAAAGCAAACAGAUUAAUGUUUAAUAGAAGAACUUUUUGCAGCACAGCAAAGAAACGAAGUAGACUUGACUAUGUUUUCUACCAGUUUUUUCUACGAAAUAAAUGAUAACACUUAUAACAAAUUGCAAGAAAUUUAACAAAUUCAAUUAGAAUCUCUUCAGUUUUCUAGAGUCUCUUUAGACAUACUAGGAAAUAAUUCUGUAAAAUUGGUAGAAUAAUUUUCUUAGUUAAAAACGGAUAAAAACUAGACAAAGUCUUAAUCUUUUAAUGGUAUGGUGAUUCUCCACUUUUUGAUUAAAUAAUUCAAUAAAAAUUAGAAAUUCUAUCAAGCAAACUAUAUUGUGUUUCUAAUUGGGCUUUUAAGAUCUAGCAUUUGGUAUAUCUACACUUUAGUAUACUAUCCUGAAAAAUAUUUAGAAUUUGAUUUAUUUGUUACAGUUGUUGGAACAGCAAUGACAGCUUUCAACUUUUUACUUUAUGUGACAAUAGGUCUAUUCUUGUUAAACAUUAUUUUUGACUCUCAUAGAAUAUAUCAUCUAAUGGUUUAAAUGCUAUUUCUUAUUAAACCAAAAAAAGAUUAAAAUUACAUUUAAACCUAAAAGUAUCUUCCUACUCUUAAUUUGACAUAAAAUAAUAACUUUAAAAAUUGGGUUUAGUUGAGGAGACUAUCCAUAGAGUAUGGGAAAAGAUUUUGGAAAAGAGGAUAGGUCAAUUUAAGUUUUAUGCUAUUAUACUCUAUCUAUCCAGCUAUUAGUUUAAUCCUCUACAUGCUAGAUGUUUUUCAUUUUUGCGAGUUAGAAAUUUGGUUUAUGACCUUCGAUUUCUUUAUCACUUUUAUUAGUGUAGCUAUCUGUCUCUACUUCUCUGCAUGUAUCAAUUAUUCGUUUGUCUACCAUAUUUCCAUUUUAGAAGAAAUACAAAUAGUUUUCAGGAAUCUUUAAAGAGAAGAUUUGCUAUAAUCAAAGCAAGAACCUUCCAAUUAUUUAUACAGGAUUAUCCUAAAAAAUUUAAGGGAAAAGACUGGAAAUAAUGAAGAAGCAAUUCAAGAAUAUAUUAAUAACAUAAUUGAAUCUAUUGAUGACUCUAAAAAUGAAUUAUAACUUUUAUCAAACACAGAGCCCUUCUAAUGCUUUGGCUUUACCAUCACUUUCUCAAUUCUCAAAAGCGGUCUUAUUUUCUUAUCUUCAAUUCUAACAUUCUCAAUUAAUGUUUACCUUAAAGCACAUUGA